AUGGAAAGUGCUCCCCUCCUUCGACCCCAAAGCCGUGACGAAUUCGAGAUUGCUAUCAUCUGCUCUCUGCCCGUUGAGUGGAGUGCUGUUGAAGCUCUGUUAGAAGUUGACUACGAGGUGGGCAACCAACAUGUAGUGUUGGUAUACAUGCCGAGCAUAGGCAUCGUACCCGCGACCACUGCGGCUACUCAGCUUCGUUCGAGCUUUAAAAACAUAAAAGUGGCCUUCCUUGUUGGUAUCUGCGGAGGAGCACCCAGAACUCCUGCAGGAGAGGAGAUUGUUCUUGGGGAUGUUAUUAUUAGCGCCUCGGUAAUUCAGGUAGACGUUGGCCAGAAGUACCCUCACCAGAAACAAGUGGAAGAUCGCCUUGGCCGAGCAAGUCCAGAAAUUCGGGCAUUUGUUGGAAAGCUAUCGGGAUAUCUCACCUCUACAAGGCUUAAGACAAAGACCCAGGCUUAUUAUUCUGAGAUUUGCUCUCGCAAGAAGUUUUUGGAUUCGGCAUACCCGGGGCCUGAGAAAGAUCAGCUACAUCAGGCUGAUUUUGUUCACAAACACUGGAAACAGGGGGUCUGCUCCAUUUGCGACAAAUGUAAUGAACCCGAUGAUGAAGUGUGUGAUGAGGCACUGGUGGCGUCUUGCACAGAAUUAGGCUGUGAUGGAACAAAAUCGGUUGAACGUAUCCGUCUUCGGCAGGCUAUUGGGAAGGAGUUUUCUGAGAAUCAGCCUUUGACUGCCGAAAUACGAGAAGCAAGACAACCCUAUAUUCACUUUGGUCGAAUGGCAUGCAGUAAUCAAGUGAUAAAGAGUGGGCAGGAUAGAGACCGAAUCACUGCACAUGAAGGAGUGAUUGGCUUCGAGAUGGAGAGCGCAGGAACGUGGGACUACGUCCCUACUAUAGUAAUCAAAAGCCUAUGCGAUUAUGCUGACAGCCACAAGGACAGACUCUGGCAAGGAUAUGCGGCAACUACAGCGGCUGCUUGCACCAAGGCCGUGCUGGAGGAAUGGAGGAAUGUCGAUAGACCAGUUCAAAAUCCAGCCAUUCAAGAGCAUUCAGGCUCUAAAACAGUCACAAAUCCUGUACACUGGACGGUGACUCGCCAUCCUAACAGACUAUUUACAGGGCGUGGAGAUAAUAUUCGCGAGUUAGAAGACAUUGUUCGCAAUGCGGUCAAAAUUUCUCCACUUAAAGACCAGUGCUGUAUUGUCAUAUCUGGGGUGGGUGGCCAGGGCAAGAGUGAAAUCUGCCUGCAACUGGUUAAUCGUGUUCGUCAAUUACUUUGGGGAAUAUUUUGGGUCGAUGUGAGCACUACAGCUUUGGUCCAGGCUGGCUUCUCGAGCAUUGCGAACCGGCUUGAAAUCCCCAUGCAGACAUGGGAGGAUGUUCGGCAAGGUCUUGCGGAUCGAAAUGAGCCUUGGUUGUUAGUUUUAGAUAACGCCGAUAAUCCUGAGGUGGACUACCAGCAAUAUUUCCCGACAAGCACAUCAGGAAUAGUGAUUUUGACAUCCCGUAACGUCGACUGUCAGCAAUACGCCACGGCAAAGUGGAUCAGUCUCGACGGAUUACCACAUGAUGAAGCUUGCGAGCUGCUACUCCAGGCUGCUCGUGUGCCUUAUCAUAGGCACCAGGUGCUCAAAGACGAUGCAUCUAUUGUUGUUGACCUGUUGGCAUCUCACCCAUUUGCACUCAUCCAAGCUGGGUCUUACGUAUCGCGCGGUCAUUGCACACUGAAAGACUACGCUAAGGCAUAUAGCCAGCAUCGGAAGCGAUUGCUUACGUUUCGGUCAUUUCAGACUCAGUCACGGCAUCAAGAUGUUUACACGAUGUUUGGAGACUCGGUUGAAAUGCUUCACUCUUCAAACAUAGAAUCAGCCAAUGAUGCACUGGACUUGUUGUCAGUCUUGGCCUUAUGCGCACCAAAACCCCUUCCUAUUACGUCGUUAUUUGAAGCGGCAUGGAACGGUAUUGCCAAGAGUCUCGAAAAUUCUAGCAACUAUGACAUGCUUUCGUUGACGCGAUGGCAUGUGUCCCAUCUAUCACCACUCGCUCAGGCAGGAUGUUCUACAUGGGAUUCAUUUCGGCUUGUUGAAGCAAUUCAUCAGCUUGAAAUAUUCUCAUUUGUGUCUGUCGAUUCUUCUGAAGGCUCCCUUGUCCUCUCUAUGCACCCUCUGGCUCAUGCCUGGGCCAGAGACCGUCUCAGUAUGGAGCAAGAACAUGCAUCCUGGGUCGCGACAGGGUGCUUGUUCGGCUUCUCCGCCACAGACACCAUAUUCUGGCAGAGAUACGGACAACAGCUUCAACCUCAUUUGCAGAACUUGGUGGCAUUGGAGAUGAAAGCAAUGUUCAUGACUGACCCCCCGUUGAUGAUAUGUUUGGAAUCAUUAUACCCGUAUCUCGACUUGGGUGCUGCCAUUGCCGACCAAGAGUUGGACAGAUAUUUACGAAUAUUACGCACGCAACACAGUGAUUCCAUUUCCAAAACAAGAGAUCAGAACCAUGCCUUAGCAAAAGUCGCUGACAAGCACGACGUUAUCGCACAGACCACUAACGGAGUGCAGGCUUCCAAGGUUUCGAAUGUAUUACCCAUGCUGAAGUAA